AUGAAAUCUUAUCAAGUCUUAAUUUGUGUGUGGUGUGUUGUAGCGUUUGGUGAAGCAGGAUGGGUGCGUGUCUGGGAAGAUAAUUUCGAUUGGAAUGGCGGUGUAGAUUUAAAUAAAUGGGAAUUCGAUGUCGGCGGUGGUGGCUGGGGUAAUAACGAAGAACAAUAUUAUACAUCGAAUCGACGAGAAAAUGCUCGUUGUGAGCUUUUUCCAGGAAGUGCAAAUGGUCGUUUGAUUAUUGAAGCACGAAAAGAGAAUUUUGACAACCGUCGAUUUACUUCUGCUCGUAUGAAGAGUAAAGCUAAAUGGACAUAUGGUCGUUUACAAAUCCGUGCUUUACUUCCAACUGGUCGUGGUCUAUGGCCUGCUCUUUGGAUGUUACCAGAACGACAGAAUUAUGGUGGUGCCUACUGGCCCGAUAACGGUGAAAUUGAUUUGAUGGAACAAGUUGGUUAUGAUCCUCAACGUAUCCAUUCGACUGUUCAUACAAAAGCUAACAAUCAUAUGCUUGGCAAUCAUCCAAGUAAUUCGGUUAUCGUUGGUGAUGCUACGAAUAACUUCAAAAUCUACACUCUCGAUUGGAAUGUGGAUAAAAUUGAAAUGUUCGUUGGUGAUGAAGGUAAUCCAUUUCAAACAAGAAUCUUUAUCUGGAACAAGCAUGGAGAUUGGACAACAUGGCCAUUUGACAAACCGUUCUUUGUUUUACUUAACAUUGCUGUCGGUGGUUCCUGGGGUGGAGCUCAAGGGCUGGAUGAAAAUAUUUUCCCUCGUCGAAUGGAAAUCGAUUGGGUCUAUUAUUAUCAAUGGCGUUAA